UUUGCAUGAAUAAAUGACUAAAAUUUUUGUAUAUUUAUUUAUUCAUUUUAUAUAAGAGUCUUUUAUUUUCUCGUGUUUACACAGAUGCGCGUUCCCGAGAGCAGGAUCCGCGUUCAUGAGGAAGUCUCAACCAGGCGUGUGAAGGCUGCGUGAAAAUAAAACCCACCUGCACGGAUAACCAUUUAACUCAAAGAUGUGGAAGUCAGUCGUGGGCCACAAUGUGAACAUGAAGGUGGCUGCAGAGGGGGAUGACUGGGAGACAGACCCCGACUUUGAGAACGACGUAUCGGAGCAGGAGCAAAGGUGGGGAGCCAAAACCAUCGAAGGUUCUGGACGCACAAAGGAACACAUCAGUGUUGCGGAGCUCCGGAACAAGGUGGCAGUGGAGCACGAGCAGGUGAAGCAGAAGGAGCACGCCCCCAAAGCUUCAUACGGGUAUGGAGGGAAGUUCGGGGUGGAGAAGGACAGAAUGGAUAAGGCAGCUGUGGGUCACGACUACGUCGCUCAGGUGGAGCAGCAUUCGUCCCAGAAAGACAUGGCAAAGGGAUUCGGCGGGAAGUUUGGCGUUCAAAAGGAUCGUGUGGAUAAAUCUGCUUUAGGGUUUGAGUACAAAGGAGCGGUGGAGCAGCACGCCUCUCAAAAAGAUUAUGCUAAGGGGUUUGGAGGGAAAUAUGGCGUGGAGAAGGAAAAAGUGGACAAGGCCAGUUUAGGUUACGACUACAAAGGAGAAACGGAGAAGCACCAGUCGCAGAAAGAUUACUCCAAGGGGUUUGGAGGGAAAUUUGGCGUCGAGAAAGACAAAGUAGAUAAAGCGGCGGUGGGGUACGAUUAUAGAGGCGAGACGGAGAAACAUCAGUCGCAAAAAGGUGGGAGUGGGGGCCAGGUGGGCCGCGUGAAUAAGGGUGCAACAGACUUCUUGAACAAGGACUCCCCAAGUUCUUCUUGUGAAAAGACCAAACCAGUCGAGGCGUCGAGUGCAGGCGCAGGGAAGCUGAAGGCUCGAUUUGAGAGCAUGGCUAAAGUUUCCGAAGAGGAAAACAGGAAGAGAGUAGAAGAAGAAAGAGCCCGACGGCAGGCGAGGGAAAGCAGAGAGCGCGAGGAGGCCAAACGCAAACAGGAGGAGCAGCACAAAGAUGAGGAGGUAGAGCCUCCACCUGUGGAAGAGACUCCAGAGUACGACAUCCCACCAACUACAGUUGACUUCCACAGCCCAGAAGAAGAAGAAAUGUCUGCUCCAGAGCCGGUGGAAGAACAGGACUACGACGAGCCGCCAGCUUUACCGCCACGCUCAGAGGAUCUCGAAGAAGAAGAAGAGGCUCCUCCUCUGCCUGAAAGAUCCCUGGAAGAGGAUGAAGGAGAUUAUGAUGAAAUCAUUGAAGCUCCUCCUCUUCCUCCAGUACCAGAAGCCGAAAACGAAUACGAAGACUUUUCUCAUGGCCAAAAGGCGAUUGCAAUUUACGACUAUCAGGGAGAGGCGGACGAUGAGAUUUCCUUCAGUCCAGACGACAUUAUCACCAACAUAGAGAUGAUCGAUGAAGGCUGGUGGAAGGGACAGUGUCACGGUCACUUCGGCAUGUUCCCCGCCACUUACGUUCAGCUGAUUUAAACGUCCGUUUUUAAACACUCCUUACUGAAACGCAGGCUUCUCAUACAGAUAUAUAAUCAAGGUUCUAAGUUUCAAUCCUCAUAAUGAGAAAGAAGAAUACAUUUAUGCUUUUUUUACAUACUGUCUCCUGAUUGGCUGGAGACCCUGUCAAUCAAUCUCCUCCGUGCCAUUUCUCCUAUAAAGUUACAUAAAUCUUUCCUUGUGGACUUAUUUUCUAUAAAGAUUAAAACUUUGAGAGUUUAAAAAGGGUGAAAAUGUUCUUGUCUGUCUGAGAAAAGUGUAUAAAGUGUGUAGUGGGGAGUUUUACAACUUUUAAAAACAUUUUUUUUAACUUUUGUAAUCCUGCCUCAUUAGUUUGACUUAUUGCAGGUUAUUUUUGAAAGGUAACCCCACGAUCAAAAAGAGAACACUGUAACUCCAAAAACUUAAUAAAGCACUUUCUAAAUACA